GACAAAGACCUACUAUAUUCACCAAUAGACCAGGUUGAUCCACAGUCACGAGGCAAAAUGAAGGGAUAGCAACGUUAUCGGGUGGCGUGGUCCGUUCAUCUUAUCUAUUCCGGGUGUGAUGAUUCCCAUGCCGGUGACCACAGUUGUCCGGACUCGUGAAUCGGGUUGUUCAGGCUCCUGGGGUCCGCCCGAGGAGCGUGAACGGUCGCGGACACUCGGCCGCGAACCACAGUCGAGUACCGUUGAAGCGCGGACGUUCUUGGUUGUCACGACCACAGUUAAGAGAACAACGGGUGAACGACAGAGGAAGGCCGACUUGGCCAGCUCGGCGCGGAACAGAACGAAGGACACGCGAUCGUUGGAUCCGACGGCCGAGAUGCUCCACAGGCGUGUGCCGCGAACACCUUUUCGGUUACAUGGCUUCCCGCACCGACACGUUGCAGGCGAAACGUCGACUGAGAACGGCGGCUUCGCUAACUCGAUCACCGUGCGAGCUCAACGCAUUGCCUUGUGACUUCUCUUCGCGGGGGGCAGAGGAAAGGGAAGGGAAGGGAUGGGAAGGCAUGGGAAGGGAAGCGAAGCGAAGCCUUGCCUUCGAGUGAUCGAGGUCGAGUGACGUGAAGGUUCCAGGACCACUUGCAGUGCCCAUGAGCGGGGCCCAUGAUUGUUCACGAAUUCAUUACGGCGAUGGCUCAUGGUUGUAGUGGGGAAUUGGGGGGCAUGUUGUGCGGCUCGGUGAAUCUUGGACUUAUUGCGAUGGUCAAACAAAUGUCCGGGGCCGAAGAGGAAGAGGAAGAGGAGCAGGAGGAGGAGGAGGGCUCGAGGAGGAAGGAAGGGAAGGGAAGGAGAGCAGGCUGCUGCCGCUGCUGCAGUGAGCGAGGAGCAGUCAGCUAGCGCGCAUGAUGCUCGCAACGCUUGCCGCUGCCAUGGGGAUAAUCGAGGAGAUGGGAUACGGUCGUUAAUGAGUCUCGCGAGCACCGAUCUCUACAUGAUGAGCCCGAUCAGAACCUUGGAACCGAAUCGCCCAGAGAUCCCAGACGAGCUUACUCAUACGUUAUUAAUGAUGGUGACUGUGUGACCUUCCCUUAUCAUCCGAUCCAGCCCCUCCCCUCCCCUCUCCUUCCCUUUUGAUCGAUUCCUGCUCGCGGUGCGUCUGUCGCAUACUUUAUCUAUUCUGCAGGCACGUUUGAGGUGCUGGGGAGGACGUGCAUGCUCUGAGACGGCCGGAUUCUUCACUAUCCGUUCUCUUUCACUGCACAGACAAGUGGCCGAAGUAUGUCAGGCGUGUCUAUGCCGAGGAGCGUAAUUGUGGUUGAAGAGAGGAAAAGAGGAGAUGAGAGGAGAUCGUCGGUCAUCUGUCGAUCUCAGAGAUGUACGCUUGCUGUAGCUGUAGCUGGUGCUUUUGUGAAGAUUGUUCCCCGAGAACUCCAGUCGCCUUUCGUUCCGUAAUCUUCUUCAUGAAGAGAUCCAAGCUUGUCAGUGUCAGCUGAGCUCUGUUCUAGUCUGCGGUUGACGUUCGUACUCUGCACCGAAUUCGAGCAAUGAUUGAACUCAUGAUGUCGAUCAAGGAAUGUGAAUGUCGUGAAUCUGUUGUUCUUCUCCACGAAAGUGACGUGUCUAUCUCGUGGGAGCCGAGGGCUGAGGGUUGGAAUCAAGGAUCAAGGAUGAGAAUUAUGCUCUUCUAACUCGUUUCUGCUGAUGGCUUCACAUGCUCAGCUUUACGGUAAAUUUCAGCGAAGCUUGUACCACAUCAUCGAGUCUAAGGGUCUUUGCGAAUCAUUGAAGCGGUGGGCAAGCCUUGAAUGGGAUGAGAUGACUAGACAUUUCAUACAAGUUCCACCUGCUCGCCGCGCCGGCGUCCUGCGAUGUAGCAUGGAACAGCCGAUGAGCUGAUUUCGAAUUCUCUGAUUCCAAGUCCGAGCAAUUCCGGGCGAUAGUGAAUAUUGGCUAACAGCCGUAAAUCACCGAACGCGGUCACACACUACUCCACCUCACAAUUGUCCAUCUUUCUUGUGAGGACGAUAAUUGUUCCUCCAUCGACUGUCCAAUGAUGGAGUCAAUAAUUUAUGGAAAUAUUUUGCAUUUAAUGAUCGGGUUUGUAUGUAGUCUGCAUACGAGCUUCAUCUGCGUAUGCUGUCGAGGAGUGGAGAGGAAGUCGUGAGUCCGCCGAAGCUCCCACCCUCUCUCAUCCACAACGAAUCCCUCGACGUCGAUCUAUCCUUCCUGAACUACAACAUCCCCCUUUAAUAAUUCGCUUUCUCACAAAGGAAUCAAAUCGAAAUGCUUGCGAAUCUUUAAAAUGAUUGGUCCCUGCAGCUGAACCCAUCAAAAAUGAGGAAUGCUCUAAUGGAAUGAAUCAGCCCAAAGUGUUUGUGAAUGACAACUGUCCAAAACUGAUAACGGUGGAGAAAAGCACGAUUGCCGAAGGCCAGAAAUCGCUGUCGAUUCGUUGAUUGUCGAAAAGGACUCGGGGAAGGUGAAGAAAGUGACGAGCAAAGCGCCCUGUUCGUCUUUUUAGGGUUCAUCUGCCCUCGCGACACACGACUCGAUCUCCUUUGAGGAAUUGAACCAUGCUGUGAGCAUCCAAUAGCUUCGAGGAAGGUAUGGCAACGGGAGGAGAUAGGUGCAAUGCGCAAAGCCUCUACACUCGCGGGCUUGGGCUUCAAGAAAAGCUGAGGGCAUGGGGAGGACCUGGCAGCGCUCGAUUGCUAAAGCACGUUCGUGGCGAAUUGGCCUUCGUAAACCGUCUGGUCGGUAACGACGAAAGGCUUCCUCCGUCGUGCCCAGAGCUUCGCAGCACAAAUUUCGAUCACCUCGAGGCAGUUUUCGGGCUUCUGCAGAAUCCCCUGGUGAGUGGAGUCACGGCAGUGAUGCACAAUUUUGCGGUCUCAGCAUUAGAAAGCUCUGCCGAUGAACGGGAGUUGUCAAAUGAAGAGCAGCCCGUCGCGCACGUAGACGUCGCUUGCAUGCUUCAUGGCAGGCCAGUGUGGCUGGUCGUAUCGACCCGGAAUCCUCGAUACAUAAUGUGGCAGGACUCGGAUAAAAGUGGCAAGGGGCUGAGAUCGCGACUCCUCGUUCUGCUCAAUGCAGCGAGCGCAGAUGCUGUGAAACAGCCGGCGUCGAUAUUGCUUUGUUUCCUGUGCGAUGUGGACGAUGGAGUCGACAGAGGAUUGAGGGAUGAGUUCGGAGCAGCGUGCUCGUUCGCUCUCGGAUACCAUCGAGCUUCAGCCGCCCCCGUGAGCAGCAGCUCGAUGGAAUCCAGCAUAGUCGUACUCGACUCCAAAGACAUCCAUCUCCAGGAAGAUUGCAACUUCUCAGAGGUCGAAGGAGGAGAAUGGUUAGACGUCGAAGUGAAUCAGGAAGCUCCAGCUGAUCCAGCUCCAUCGCAGGUGUGGGUGACCUAUGAAGUUGAUGUUGCAGGGUUCAAAAACUCCCGGAAACCCUCUCUAGAAAAUUCUGUGAUCACAGACUCGUCGCAGCAUUGUACCGAUCACAAUCCCGAGACUGCGGAUCGUGGGGGAGCAGGAGGAGCAGAAGAUGAAGGAGACAAGUUGGAUACAGUCGUUGACAAAGCUGUGCCACCGGAGGCGAUGCUGACUGCUGAGGAACCAGCAUCGGAUGACUCCUGCCACUCGUCAAAAUCGGUUCACGACGAUGACGAAAUUCCUAUGUUGUGUCGGAGCAUGGCAGCCUCUAAUGGAACCAUAAAUUUGGACACUACUGCUCUCAUAGCAUUAGUCUCGGAGGCAUCGAAUGGCGGUGCCGAGCGGCUGCUGAGCUUACCGCAUGAGGACAUGGUGAAACGGUUUUCAAGCAUGACCGCCUUUAUUCGUGAGCAGGCACUUUCGGAACUGAGGAGACCUUUGGUUCCGGAUAUCGAAGAGGCCAUCGCUUAUCGGCAACCGGUGGUCUCGCACUACGUGCUCAACGAGUUCAACUCCAUUGUGUCGCUCGUCGGAGGCCCCAAGGAGAAAGACCGAGCCGAAAAGCUGAUACAACGCCUGAGGGUUGUUCCAGAUGCGCCGUCUGCUCGUGUCAUGGCCCUCCCUCUAACAGGAAAGAUUAAGACUAGGCACAAAGUCGUCUUCGGGACAGGGGACCUGCUCAACGUCCCCACGCUGACGGCGAAUAUGGCCUUUGUUCGUGCUGCUAGGCAAAAGGGCAUGGCCAUAGAGAUUGUGGAGCACCGACCUAGGGCUCUUACAGGAGAUUAGGAAAGACGGCAGCAUUUUAAAUUGCCUCUCUCUCUCUCCCUCUCUCUCUUUUGUGUUGAUUAAUGUAGAUACUUGAAACCAGUGGUUUUUAAUGACAACACAAGUGGAACGAAAAGAGGUACGUCUCAGGAAGUGGCAUUCACACGGAGAUAGUGGAAUAGGAGAUGCCGAGCAGUUCUUUCUUCAUCAGCUGUGUCCAGGAGAUUUUAGUUAAGGAUCUGGAAGGCGGGUUUGCCCCAGAAAGUGACAAACUACAGGGAGGCAACUGAAUAAAAUAUGCAGGGCAGUGCUUAUUUUAUGAGUGCUGCCCACGAGAUUUUAGGCAAUGUCUGACAUGGUUACCGAGCUGUGUAACUGGAAUUGAGCCUAUGAAAAGAUGGC